AUGCUCCUUAUUUCUCUUAUUUCUUGUCUAGUUAUCACUGCAUUAGCCAAGGAUGCUAAUGUACGCAUGGGCUCUCAAUGCUCUAAAAAUCAAGUUGUUCGUAAGCUGACAGUCUAUGAGGACGGAGCACUUGAAGCAGAAUGUGGACCAGUUCCAUGUGGAGAAGUUGGAAGACGUUGCAUUGAUGACCAAACUUCUUGCCGUGCCGAGACCGAUGUCUUCUCCGGAAUGAGAUGGGCUCCAAACGGUGAGAGCAUCUUGCUCCGUUGCUGUACCAUGCAAUCCAAGAACAAGAUUUACGUUGGAACUGAUGUUGUCUCUGCUGGAAGUUUCUAUGAGGGAGGAGAGGUUGCUGCUAAGGAUCUUUAUGGAGAUAAGGGAGGAGCUGAAUAUGACUUUGUUGCUAACGCCAGAACUGAACAAGGAGGAGUCCGUGUCUGGGUAUACCGUAUGAUCUGUGCCAAGGGUGAGAAGCCAGUUGACUUCGAGCCAAUCACCACUACCUCUGCACCAAAGGUUGUCAAGACUACCACUCAAGAGCCAACAACUCCAGUUGCUGAGGAGGAAGAUGAGGAGACUGAGCAACUUGAGACAGAAGGAGAGCAGACAAAUGAUAAUGAAGCUGAAGUUGUUGAGAGCAAUGACGGAGAAGAGGAAGUUGAAGAGGAAGAGGAGGAAGAGGAGGUUACGACCACUCCAGAGCCAAAGGUCUUCAACCCACUCCGCUACCGUCCACCAACUUUCCCAAGACAAUCGACUGGAAUUCGCAGAGCUUAA